AUGCCGACGUUUGAACAGUGGAUGGCGUUCUACAAUGACACGAAAGAGUUCGAACGUAAAAUUGGCAUUAUUAUUCCAUCGAUAUUUGCUAUUGUAAUUGUUAUCGGAGUUGUUGGAAAUCUCCUCGUUGUCGUCGUCGCAUUAAACAGAGCUAUGAGAAAUUCGACAAACACUCUUAUCAUCGGUUUGGCUAUUUCCGAUCUCAUGUUCUUGUUGCUUUGCGUACCAUUCACAGCCAUUGAUUAUGCGCUACCAGUGUGGAUAUUUCCAGAAUGGACAUGCAGUAUGAUCAACUUCUUCCAGCACAUAUCUGCUUACUGCUCUGUCUGGACACUAACGUUAAUGGCACUGGACCGAUACCUUGCUGUUGUCUAUCCAGUAGAUUCUCUCACACUGCGAUCUCCAAGAAACACAAUUAUAAUCCUAGUAGUUGUAUACACAAUCAUAGUUGCCACUCAGAUACCAGUGGGCCUAAUGCACGGCAUCUACACUUACGAGUUUAUAAUAGAGGAACGCUCGACCUGUGCUAUAGUGAGCAUAGCCACGAAUACUGCCACGCUUGCUCUUGUAAGUAUUUGA